GCAAACUAGAAAAGUCAGCAAACAAAAAAUGAACAAAAGGGUGAGAGCAAGUCCAAGAUAAGCAAGCAACUUUGACACUAUUCCAUUAAUGGAGGAAGAAGGCACUUCCAACGCCACCGCAGAGCCCCACACGCACGCCACAAACGACCGCAUCAAGCUCAACGUCGGCGGAAAGCUCUUCGAGACCACACUCUCAACCAUCCGGUCCGGCGGUCCAGACUCCCUCCUCUUCGCUCUCUCGAACCGCGACUCGACCGAUCCAAACCCGGUUUUCAUAGACCGGGACCCGGAAAUCUUCUCCGUCUUCCUCUCUCUCCUCCGCACCAACCACCUACCCUCCACCGCCAGCCGCUUCUCCAAGCAAGAACUCGCCGACGAAGCCCAAUUCUACGGCAUCGACUCCCACCUCCGCAACGCCACCUCCCCGCCGCCGUUCUCCGGCUUCGACGCCUCUAUUGUUGGCUCCAUCCGCCCCGCCUCGGAGGGCCUCGUUUCUGCUUUCUCCGCCGCUGACAACGGCUCGGUUUGGAUCGCCCACGGCGGUCAACUCUCGAGCUACGACUGGAACCUUAUCCACUCCGCCACGAUCCGUACUCACCUUGAUGAGAUUGAUUCGAUCUGCCAUGUAUGGCCGGAGAUUGCCGCCGUCGGGUCGGUUUCCGACGCUGGGCUCCACUUCUACAACUUCUCCGGCAGCCGUCAUGAAGGAUCCGUCCACUGGAGCGACCCGGGGGAUCCUCGGAUCUUCAAGGCGCGGGUCAAUGCGGUAACCGCCUCGGAUGAUUCGGUUUUCGCCGCGUUCGAUUGCACUCACAGGGAGAACUGCAUCCUCGAGGUUGAUAAGGCGAAGCUCCAGAUUGUGUCACAGUUAGGUCGGCAAUCGGGGAACCAGGCGAAGCAUAUGGUUCCUGGGAAGCUGACGUGGGUUCCGGCGACCGGAGUACUCGUUGGAAGCGCGGUCACUGGUGGUGCGUUCGGUUACUCGGGCUACAUCCGGGUGUGGGACCCUAGGUCUGGGGAGGUGGUUUGGGAGACGAGCGAGCCCGGUUCGGGCCGGAGCAGUAGGUUCGGGGAUUCGUUUGCCGCGGUUGGGGUUGAUGUGGAAGGGUUGUUGUUGUUUAAGGUGUGUUCUAAGUCGGGGGAUGUGGCUAUGGCGGAUAUGCGGCUAUUGGGGGAUGAUCCUUGGGUUUAUUUGAAUGAGAAAAACCCUAGCUUGGUGGCUAGUGGUGUUGAUGGAAGCAGUAAUGUGCUGCAUUGUUAUAAGGGGCAAGUGUUUGUGGGAAGGGGUGGAGAGUUGGAGGUUUGGUCGAGGUUGAGAGAGGCGGGUAGUGAAAAUGCUGAGGGGUUUUAUAGGAGGAAUUUUGUGGAUAAGAGAGGGGAUUCAGAGAGAGGGGUUAUCAAGAAGAUUGAAGGUGGUGGAGAUAGGUUGUUUGUUAGCAGGGAAGGUGUUGAAGGUAUUGAAGUGUGGGAGAGCUCCCAUUCUGUUAAAUCCAUUUCUGUUUUGUGACCAGGGAACAUAAGUUGUUAGGUAGGGUUCCCUCAUUGUAAGAUUCUUCUUCCAUGAAAAGUUGGUUGAAGCUCUGAUUUCUUUGUCAGCAAUACAUUGAAUAGCCAUAAUUUGAUGCAACUUUUGUCUCUUUGGUUUGUUUUGUUUCCUGUUGUUUCCUGCAUGUUGUACUCAAAGUUCUAAAAGAUCAAGAAUAAACUACAAUGGGUUAGCAGAAGAUGAUCUUGAUACUCAUUAUUACAUUGAGUAGUAUGACACACCCAUUGUGGGGUGGAUACAUUAUUAAUCCAAACUAUUCUGUAUCUGUCAUACUGAAA